UGAGGAGGCUGGUUCCAGACCUCAGUACGGUGGGACCAUGGCUGCGCAGGGCUUACGCGCGCAAGUGGACUCUCUCCUUCUGCAACUGCUCCGGGACCUGGAAGAACUGGAGGCGAAGCGGGCAGCACUGAACGCCCGGGUGGAAGAGGGCUGGUUCUCACUCUCCAAAGCUCGCUAUGCCAUGGGUGCCAAGUCUGUAGGUCCUCUGCAGUAUGCCUCCCGCAUGGAGCCUCAGGUCUGCGUCUACACCAGCGAGGCCCAGGACGGGCUCCAGAAGGUCUGGGUGGUGAGAGCCAGCGCCCAGACUCCGGAAGAGGUGGGGCCCCGUGAGGCAGCUUUGCGCAGGCGCAAGGGUCUCUCCAGAACCCCAGAGCCAGAGUCCUCCCCAGCCCCCCGGGACCCUCUGAACUGGUUUGGAAUCCUGGUUCCACACAGUCUGCGUCAUGCCCAAGCCAGCUUCCGGGAAGGCCUGCAGCUGGCUGCAGACAUGGCCAGCCUUCAGAUCCGCAUUGACUGGGGUCAAAGCCAACUCCGGGGGCUCCAGGAAAAACUCAAGCAGCUAGAGCCCGAAUCUACCUGACUUGUGACCAGAGGCUGGACAGUGAGCACAGCUGUUCUUUGGUGUAGCUACCUUAUCUCAGGCCUUCUUCCUUCACAGAUUGCCACUGCCCCAACUAAUCCCUGUUCCUUAAAAUUUCUCUGGUUUGCAUGUUUCUAGCUUUGUUAGGUGUGAAAGUUUGAAGAGCCUCAUGGAUAUAUCAGCUGUGGUUUCUUUACAGGAUAAAAUACUGCACAGUUAGUGGCAGGGAAGGACAACAAAUAGGUGCUUCAGUUGCACUAGAUUCUGAAAACUGAUUUUGGUGUAGGAAAAAAAGACAAACAUGGCUAACAAAUUAAGACAGUAUGAUUCCAUGUCAAUAAAAAACGUGAACACCUAAGUAGGUAGGUAGUCCUUGGCAGGUUUUAAGCCAGAAAGUCUAAAAGAUCUGACUUAGAUUUUCAAGGGAACUCAAGGAACUCUUCAUUUAUUUUUAUAGGAGUGAGACCAUGCUACUUUUAAUUUUUGAAGGGCCAAAUGUAUUUCCUGUGAUGGGAUCUGUGUCCUUGCUUCAUUAUCCUACUGGGUUGUUUUUUUAAAAGUUUGCUUGGGGAAAAUUAAUCCUUUGUUCAUAAUAUGAAAUGUAAAUAUUUUUCCCAAUUUCUCUUGUAACUUUAUGUUUUUUUUAAACUUCAUUUUAAAAUAAAAUGCAUUAACCUGCACAAAAUAUUGAAUAGCUUAAUGAGUAACUAAGGUGAAAGCUAUAGUAAUCAUCACCCAGCUCUUGUAUUUUUUUUUAGUUAGUUUUCUUAAUUGAUUUAAGAGUUGACUUUAUCAAUCAGCUGUUUUAUCAUUUCUGGAUUUGGGGUUGUAAAUGAUAUGAUAAAAGAAUUCUCCAGUAUUUUCCUAAAGAACUUAUGUGGUUUCAGUUGAGGUGUGGGGUGAAUCCUCAUCCAGCUUGUUUUUUCUACCAUAGGUCUACAUUACUGUAUGUGGAACCACUGAGUUGAGAUGCUCCCUUUUUUUUUCUUUCACAUAAUCCCAAUGUAUACCCAUACCGUAUUUUGGAGCUUCCAUUGUUUCAUUGAUUUUACUGUCAGUUAAUAUACAGGUACCACACUGUUCUUUAACAUAUACUUUAAUGGCAGUAGGUCAUAUCUGUGGUUGGAUGGGGUGGGGGGGGAUUGUUUUUUUUUGUUUUUGCCAUAUUGAGGUUGAGUUGUCAGUGAAAAGCCUAAUGGAAGACCUCAAAAGUAAACUAGAGAAAAAAAA